GAAACUUCUUCCAAGCAACAGGGCACAGAAGGCACAAGGCACAAGGCACAGACUCUCCUCACUCAUGCACUAAUAACGGAGCCUGAUCAGUGGAUUUCCUUGGGAAGAAGCUAGAAAGAGAUGGUUUUCUCUGCAGUAUUUAGCUGGCAUGUUACAAUGAGAAAAUAACCACCCUGAAGCGGAGAUUGCAUCACUGGUGAACUUCCUGAAUUCUCUGUUGUGAAACCUGUGUGUCUAUAAUUAUUGUGCAGUUAUUAUACCAGGCACACUCUCUUCAUGCCGUCUGAAGUGCUUGCCCAGGUAGUACAGCCCACUGAAUCUGGCUCAGUCCCUACUAGUAGUAGCAAUGAAACGGGCUCUGCAGGUGGUGGAGGUAUCUACUCUGCCAUCCUCAGCAGGAACUUGCCAAUUAUAGGCGGACGAUCAAAGAACUUUGAGGAGCUGCGAAACAAAUAUUUGGAAAAAAAAGUCCUUUUUGAAGAUCGGGACUUUCCACCCAAUGACAGCUCUCUGUUCUAUAGUCAGACUUUUCCCAUUAAGUUUGACUGGAAGCGACCACCAGAAAUAUGCGAAAAUCCACAGUUUAUAAUAGGAGGAGCCAACAGAACGGAUAUCUGCCAAGGAGACUUAGGAGACUGCUGGUUUUUGGCUGCCAUUGCUUGCUUGACCCUCAAUGAAAAAUUACUCUUUCGAGUCAUACCUCCUGAUCAGAAUUUCACAGAAAACUAUGCUGGGAUAUUCCAUUUUCAGUUUUGGCGUUAUGGAGAUUGGGUGGACGUGGUCAUCGACGACUGCUUACCAACCUUUAACAACCAGUUAGUGUUUACCAAGUCUUCUCAGCGCAAUGAGUUCUGGAGUGCACUGUUGGAAAAAGCUUACGCAAAGUUACAUGGAUCUUAUGAGGCGCUCAAGGGUGGAAACACUACUGAAGCCAUGGAGGACUUCACUGGUGGAGUGACUGAAUUUUAUGAGAUUAAAGAUGCACCAAAAGACAUUUUUAAAAUCCUGAAGAAAGCUUUUGAGAGGGGCUCUCUAAUCGGAUGCUCAAUCGAUGAUAAAAAUGAGUUUUCCUAUGGGAUUUCACCCCCUUCUGAUAUGGGGGAAUCAUUAAAGAGAAUGAUACAAAGUGUGGGUGACAUACAGCCGAAUUUAGAUGGAAAAGGCUUGGACCCAAAUCCAGCUUUGUCUAUUGUUCCUGCCCAGUUUGAGACCCGCAUGGCCAGUGGACUGGUUAAAGGCCAUGCGUAUUCUGUAACAGGAGUAGAAGAGACACCAUUUAAGCGAGAGAAGGUAAAACUAGUUCGUCUGAGAAAUCCAUGGGGACAAAUUGAAUGGAAUGGAUCCUGGAGCGACAACUCCAAGGAGUGGACUGUUAUUGAGAAAUCGGAGAAAUCGCGUCUUCAGCAUCAGAUAAAAGAGGACGGGGAGUUUUGGAUGUCAUUCGAUGAUUUCAUGAAGAACUUUACAAAACUAGAAAUAUGCAAUCUGACAGCAGACGCUCUAGAGUCAGACCAGCUCCAAACAUGGACUGUUUCAGUUAAUGAGGGACGUUGGGUCAGAGGUUGCUCCGCGGGUGGAUGUAGAAAUUUUCCAGACACCUACUGGACCAACCCUCAGUACCGUCUAAAGCUACUUGAAGAAGAUGAUGAUCCUGAUGACAAUGAGGUUGUCUGCAGCUUCCUUGUGGCUUUAAUGCAAAAAAAUCGCCGGAAAGAUAGAAAGGCGGGAGCCAAUCUUUUCACUAUUGGUUUUGCAAUUUAUGAGGUUCCGAAAGAGAUGCAUGGCAACAAGCAGCAUCUACAAAAGGAUUUCUUCCUGUACAAUGCAUCUAAAGACAAGUGUAAGUCAUACAUCAACAUGAGAGAAGUCUCCCAACGUUUCCGACUACCUCCCAGCGAAUACGUCAUCAUCCCCUCCACCUAUGAGCCGCACCAGGAAGGAGAAUUUAUUCUAAGAGUCUUCUCCGAAAAAAGAAAUGUCUCAGAAGAAGUUGAAAACAAGAUUGAAGUAGACCGACCAAGUAAAAAGAAAAAGGCUAAGCCAAUCAUCUUUGUAUCGGACAGAGCAAACAGCAAUAAGGAGUUAAGUGUGGAUGAAGUGUCUGACGAAGAGAAGAAAAAAAAAAGAGCGGAUGAAAAAGAGAAGAAAGAUAAGACCUCUGGUAACACUGACAAAGAGACUGAAGAGGAGAAGCAAUUCAUGAACAUCUUUAAGCAAAUUGCAGGGGAUGAUUUGGAAAUUAGUGCUGAAGAACUUCAAACCGUUCUGAACAAAAUAGUUAAUAAGCACAAAAACCUGAAGUCUGAUGGAUUCACUCUAGAUUCUUGCCACAGUAUGAUAGCUCUGAUGGAUACAGAUGGCUGUGGGCGAUUGAAUCUGGAGGAAUUCCAGCAUCUUUGGAAAAAACUCAAGCAGUGGCAGAAAAUAUUUUUGCGAUAUGAUGCAGACCAGUCAGGAACCAUCAACAGUUAUGAGAUGCGUAAUGCAGUCAAUGAAGCAGGUUUCCACCUGAAUAACCAGCUGUAUGACAUCAUUACAAUGCGUUAUGCUAACAAGCACAUGAUCAUUGACUUCAACAGUUUUAUCUCCUGCUUUGUGCGUCUGGAAGGAAUGUUUAGAGCGUUCCAUGCUUUUGAUAAAGAUGGGGAUGGUCUUAUCAAGCUUAAUGUGUUGGAGUGGCUGCAGCUUACUAUGUAUGCCUAAAAUCAACAUAAGCUACACAAAUAUCCUUCUGCUUACGUCUCUCAGUUACUUUCAGUCAAGGACCGACUCAGGAUCUCAGCAAAUCUUUACCUCAUAGCUCUUAAAUAUACAUGUCCAUUUUCUUAUAGAAUAUAAAUAGAAUUGUUUAUCAUUUGUUACAUAGCUGUGGGUUACAGUGCAGAUUACGGUCUUGUGAUACUAGAAUGCAAUGGUUAUGUGACUAGCUGUAAGUCUUUGAUUAGAUCAGUGUGUGCCUAUCAAUAUAACUAAACAUGGGUAGAACUUUUAAAGUGUGCAAGAUAGAGCCGUCACCUAUUGUGAAGAAAGUUUCCCCACUUUACUCACAAUUUGUUUUUAUUAAUGUGAAUCCUCAAUGACUUCAUUGUGUCGUUUGCCAUGAAGCAAUAAAAGGUGUGAUAUUUGAUAA